AUGAAACCUACUACUUUCAUGAUCAUUUUCAAUCCUAAGCUAAUCCAUAUAUCGAUUUUUCAGGGAAUCCAAAUACGUGAAGCAGUCACAAACGCCCACUCCUUCCUUAUGCAACACGACCUUCGUCCCAAACUCCAUCGACCGGGAGUGUUGGCCGAAGAUGACGAAGACGAGCGGAAAGACGCCGAGCAACGUCGUUGCGGUUUGCAAAUUCAUGUGGAUUGUGAGAAACUGAAGGAGAAAUGGGCCGAGCUUGGAGUUCAAUUUGCCGAUUGGGAUCGUGCAAUACACGCGGCUGCAUUGCGUCUACAGGAAUUGGAACGGGCAUUGGCUGAAUGCCAGCUGCAUCUGAGCGCGGUGGAGUCAGAGAUGGAGCAGCUGCGACCUGUUGAGCGAUUACGGCUUGAAGAACUGAAAGACGCACGACGUCAUUGUGAAUCGUUGGCGAAUCGCGUUGCCGAUCUACGGAUUCAUGUCGACGACGCAAAUGAUGCAUGUGGACGAGUUCUAGCCGCCGACACCCCGCUUGAUCAGCACCCACGGAAUCAACUCGAUUCCGUCAAUGAACGGUGA